CAACCAACGAAACAAGCAAGCAAGCAAGGCAAGGCAAGCAAGCGCGACGAAACCAAAAAAACGGACCAACCCCCACAUACGCACGCAAACGCUUGCAACACCCAUCAACCACACACACAGCAACAGCAACAACAGCGACAGCAACGCACGAACCAACCACCGUCUGUCUCUCUCUGCCUGAUCCACACAGCCACACGUCCAUCGUCCAUCCACCUGUGCGUGAUCAGCUUCACAGCCUUCUUCUUUCAGACUUGCUCGCUGGCUGGCCAGCUGCCCUGCUGCCCUGCUGCUGUUUUUCUUCUCGUCUGUUUCCUCUGAGCAAGCACGGACACCAACACCCACCAACGCACACGCCGUCCACACCAAGACCCACGCAAACCACAGCCACCGUUCCGUACAUACCACGGCAACAACAGCUUUUUGCUGUUGUUAAGUUUACUGCUUCCUUCUUGUGACACCAAGUCUUACGGGCAACGUAACGGCUCACCGGUUGAGAAAGGGAAGCACACUUGGGCGCUGCGAGCAUCCGCGUUCCUCCUCUUGCACUGCCAGCUCGUUUGUCGCCCCGUCUCGUGCCUCUGUUUCUGCAAACCGUUGCUGCGACACCGUUGUCGCGUAGACGUCCACCAUGACAGAGCCAAAGAUCCAACAACUGUAUGAUGACAUUUCGGUGUCUGCUGUGAACCUGUCUCGUGAUGGAACGACCACCGUCACCAGCACAACCGCAGGGGCAAACUCGGCGUCAUCUGCGACGCUGGCGCCGGCGUCGGCCGUUGCACCCGCGCUGCCACGCAUCAACGAGCGCCCAAACUCCGCCGCGCGCGGCUCGCACAUCACCUCCGCGCCCAUUGGCCGGCUGUCGCGCAUUGACUCUGCCAAGGCCAAGGUGAAGCAGGAGCUGCCACUCACGCCGCUGCAGGCGAUUGAGAAGUACAGCCGCCACCUCACCCCUUACGAGCAGGACGAGAUUAUGACAUACCCGCAGGUGUGGUUUGUCGGGCACCGCGCGAAGAAGAUCAACGCAAACGCGUCCAAGCCAAACAACUGCGGCUACGACGACGACAAGGGCCGCUACAAGUGCGUGAAGCACGACCACAUUGGGUACCGCUACGAAAUCAUGCGCGGGCUGGGCAAGGGCUCCUUUGGCGACGUGGUGGAGACGUACGACCACAAGAACAAGCAGCCACAGGCCGUCAAGAUUAUUCGCAACGAGCGCAGGUUCCACCGGCAGGCGCAGAUUGAGGUGAAGAUUCUUGAGCAGCUGAAGCGCAGCGACCGCCGGCGUAACCACCAUGUCGUGCACAUCAACGAGUACUUUAUGUUCCGCAACCACCUGUGCAUCACGUUUGACCUGAUGCACCAGGACCUGUACACGGCGCUGAAGAAGGACGGCUUCAAGGGGUUCACGCUCACGCAGGUCAACAAGUUCUGCCGCUCGCUGCUGUCGUGCCUGCGGCUGCUGCGCCGACAGAAGGUGAUCCACUGCGACCUCAAGCCCGAGAACAUACUGCUCACGGAGCGGAACAACGACGACAUCACCGUCAUCGACUUUGGGUCGGCGUGCCUGGAGCACCAGAAGAUACACUCGUACAUCCAGAGUCGCUUCUACCGUGCGCCCGAGAUCAUAUUGGGUACCGGGUACUCGAUUGCCAUUGACAUGUGGUCGCUCGGCUGCAUCCUCGCCGAACUGUACACGGGGCAGCCCAUCUUCCCUGGAAGGGACGAGAAGGAGCAGCUCAUGUACCAGAUGGAGGUACUCGGUACCCCGCCAGCGCACGUGCUGCGCGUGGCCAAACGCACAAGCGUGUUCUUCCACAGCGAUGGUUCACCGCGCGUCACGCGCGACCGCAAGGGGCGUGUCCACGUUCCCGGUGGACGCCCGCUCCACAAGGCCGUGCGCACAGACAACCAGGACUUUCUCGAUUUCCUCCAGCGGUGCUUCGAGUGGGAUCCGCACACGCGCAUUUCGCCCAAGGAGGCGUCUCGCCACCCGUGGAUCAGCACAGAUGCAGGCAGCCGGCUGAUGGUCGAGGCUGCGUUGUCGGAGAGCCAGCGCAGCAACAGCUCGGUGUCGCGCCUGGCAGACAACCUCUCGCGUGUCAAGGCCGUGCCCAACCCAGACGAAUACCACGAAGUGACUGUUGCGGUUGACGGCAACUCCAGCAAGCCCGCGCCAACACAACAACAACAGCAACAGCAGCAGCAGCAGCAGCAAGUGUCGGCUGGCGUGGCGUCUGCACCAAACGCACCAUCGUCAUCGUCAUCAUCAAUAGCAACAGCAAAGACGGCGGGGUCAACACGCAGCAGUGGCGGUGGCAGUGGCGUGUCGAGCUCGGGGCUGCACCGAUCACAGAGUAUGCGCACACAGCCACCACCAGUAUCAUCGGCAGCAACGGGGCCAACCUCGAUGAGCAAGCCAGGCCGCACUGCCAGCUCUGGACCAAAGAUGACAUCCCGCAGCAGCAGCAUGAAGCAGCAGCAGCAGCAGAGCACGCCAGGUGGUAUGUCGUCGUCGUUGGGGAGCAGCCUGUCACGAACAUCCUCAAAUGCACGGCCAAUGCCGCCCUCGUCCGCAAGCACACGCUCCACGCGUCUCCGUGGUCGCCAGGCGUGGGGGUCUGUGAAACUUGACCCCAUCAACCCGCAGCCAGAUAAGGUGCGCACCGCUAGCGAAACCAAGAGCUCCAACGUCUAGCACCUUGCUGCAGGACGUGGUGUUGGCGCACGAUGCACGCUGCAGGGCUCUGUUCCUUCGCGAUCCUUGCAGUUCGUGUGUGUGCGUGCGCGGGUGCACGUAUUUGUCGUGUGUUUUGCGUGCGUGUGUGUGCGUGAAUUAGCGUGGCAGUCGAGGGUGUAUGUAGGAGUUGAGCAGACACUAGUGUGUUAAGCCAUUCUUGUUUGUUUGUGUGUGUGCGUGUGUGUGUAUGUGUGUUGUGAGCAGGCUGUACAAUGGUGUCUGUCCAUGUGCGGUCGCAUGCCGUUGCUGUUACUCUUUUCCCUUUUUUGCUCCUUUCCUUUUGCGUUCUCUCGUGGCUUUUGUGCCUUUUUAUUGGCGUUAUCUUCAUUGACAUCAUCGUUCGUUGUUGACAAUCACACAUCAUCUUUGUAUUGGUACGCGCUAUUCAUCAUCCCUUCGUUCAUUCCUUUGUAUUGCUUUGUCCAUUUUGUCGCUUUGUAUUGCGUUGUCCAAGUUCACUCUCUGUAAUCGACCUGACUGUUGUGCAUACCCUUUUCCCUAACAUACAGCAUUGUUGAGCCCA